UAUAGUAGCGCAGGUAAGUGUUAUUUAGGAAAAAUAAAUUUUUGAAUUUUUGACUAUUAAAUUAUCGACUUUUAUCUUUAUUUUUAAAAAAAUUUGUUUUCUUCUGAAAAGAUGUCAAGUAAGCGCAAGGCAAAACGUCAAAAAGUUUCUGAUGAAACAGAUAAUUUCGAGAUUGAUGAACAUGAUGAACAUAUAAAUGUGAUUGUGGUUCCAGAUUCGAAUGAUUCUGACGAAUCCGAAUGUGAAUCGGAUUCCGAAAAUGAUGCUAUCGAUGAAGAGCUAUUAAAUUCAAUUUAUAAUGAAGGGAAUGAUAUCCUACAAAAUUCGUAUCGAACAAUCCGCGACAAUUACACACCAAAUCAGUUGAAGUUGGAACCUGAUCAUGUUUUUGAAUGGGUUGAUGGUGAAAUGAAAUACGAUUAUCAAUAUAAAAAUGAAACACUUCUGCCUCUCAGUGUUGAAAAGAAAAUACGAUCUGCAUCUUCAACGGAGUCUUUUGAAUAUUUCUUUUCUAAGGAGUUGAAAGAAUAUAUCGUGGAAGCAACAAGGUUGAAUGGUUGUGAUAUUACGAUGACUGAAUUCGAUACUUUUCUAGGGAUAAUUAUUUUGUCCAUUUUCACUCAAAGAAAAUCUCAAAGGGAUUAUUGGUCUCAAAAUCAUCUUUUGAGAUGUGAAGCUAUAACUGAAGCUAUGAAUCGUUUAGAGUUUGAAAAGAUCAAGUCACACCUGAAGUUAUCUAAACCUGAAGACGAAAAUUCCAAUGACAGAGCUUGGAGAGUAAGAGGUCCUUUAGAAAACUUUUUAAAAAACGUAAAACAAUUUGGCUAUUUUUCCACAGCUUUGUCAAUUGACGAAAUGAUGGUGAAGUUUCGCGGCAAAACUGUUUUCAGACAAUUCAUUCCAAGUAAGCCUGUGCGUUAUGGCAUUAAAAUGUGGGCGCUUUGUAGUCCUGAAGGAUACGUGUUUGAUUGCGACAUUUACUAACUCCAAAAGAUCUUUCUUUGGCAAUGAAGAAAAGCUAGAUAAAUGUGCCUUAGGAAGCUGCGUUGUCCUUGGACUACUUCAAAACCUACUUUCUUCAGUUGUACCCAGAAACAUUGUGAAAUAUCAUUUGUACUUCGAUAACUUCUUUACUAGUUCCGAUUUGCUGGUUCAUCUGAAGAAUGUAGGUUUAAGAGCAACAGGGACAGUCAGAGCAAACAGAAUGCAAGAGAAAAGUACAAUUAGCAAUAAAGCUGUAAGAGGCACAUUUAUUGCCAAACAUGAGAAAAAUAGUGGUGUUAAUUAUAUCACAGUAAAAGACUCGAAGCAAGUUUCCAUUCUCUCAACAUUGGCAGGAGUUACACCAAUGUCUUCUGUUCGUAGAUAUUCUUCAGAAGAAAAACGCAAGAUUGAUAUUUCAUUCCCCAACGCUAUUACUCAGUAUAAUAAGUUUAUGGGCGGAGUUGAUUUGCAUGACGCACAUUGUAGCAAUUUGAUGUCCUGCAUAAGAUCAAAAAAGUAUACUUGGGUUAUAUGGUUGCGACUUAUUCAAGCAUCAAUAACAAAUGCUACCGUCUUAAAAAAUUUGGUGACUAAAGACAAGAAGAUUGGUACCAAAGAUAUUGGUUUAGAAAUUGCUGAGACAUAUUUAAAAAAGUCCAGUGCAGGAAAAGUCAAAUGUCACACAAUUGAACGAGUUAAGAAAAAAUUUUAUUGCUUCAAUUUCUCAAAGUGUGGUGCUAGGAUACAGAAAAUGUGCGUCAAGUGCAAUGUGUAUGUAUGUGUUUCAUGAUUGGAUGCUCUCCACUCCUAAAAAAUAAAAAAUGAAAAAAAAAAUAUAAAAAACAUUCCAAAAAAAUACAAAAAAAAUUAAAAAUUAAAAAAAAAUACAAAAAAAAUAAAUAAAAAAAACAUUCCAAAAAAAUACAAAAAAAUUAAAAAUUAAAAAACUAAAAAAAAAUAUGACUCUGAAAAGUCCACCUCCCCGCGGUAAGAGUCGGACAACGUCGAAACAUUCGGUGGCUAACGGACAAACAUUAUUGAAGCAAUAAAAAUAAUAAAUUGAAGACUAAGAAAAUUUUGACACUGUUACAUUACAUUCAAUAUAAAUUAUUACUAAUCCAAUUAAAAAAUUUUUUUAAAUGACCUUAAAUUCGUAAUGAGUGA